AUGACACAGGUACUUAUUCGGCAUGGAGACAGAGCCCCUGCCAUAUACAUCCCAAACACAGACAAUAGCAACUAUGAUUUUGAUUGUACAUUCAAAACUUCUGAUUACAACAACAAGAAAAUGUUUGAAGAAUAUUCACAAUCAACGAGACAUAUUUCCCCACGUGAAUUUGUGAGAAAUGUGAGAACAAGCUUUCACCUGGUACCAACACCAGGAAGCCGGUGUAAAAUUGGUCAACUGACACAGAGAGGUUUUCUUCAGCAUUUUGCUCUUGGAAAACACAUGAGAACAGCUUACAAAACCUUAAUAGAUUCUGGUAUUGAGUCUAGCAAUCUCCAUGUGCGAUCAACCCAGGUAACAAGAUGCGUACAAAGUGCAGCUGCCUUUCUUUAUGGCUUGUUAACAAAGGAUGCCAUUAUGAAUGAAAGGGUAACCAUCAACAUUACUUCAAACAGUUGGUUCCAAGAAGAUGACAAUGGAACUCCCUAUAAGUGUCCGUCAUUGAGGAGUCGUUGGCAUCAGUACAAACAGAGAAGUGACUACAUCUCAGGCUCUGCUGCAAUAGAACCAGUAAUGCAGGAGUUUUCACGGCUGUUGAGGACUCCAAGGCCAUCUCUAACAACUAUUGGAUUGUAA